CCCAUCAAGGACAAGCUAGACCUGGACUGCUCCAAGAGAAGUAGACCUGCUGGCUGACUACUCUCGCUACUUGCUGCUCGCCUAGUCCACGAAACACUUAUCGCACAGCCUCAUACAUACCGAGAUGGAGGUGAAAGCCAGACAUAUUUCGGAAGUGAAUCGUAUGGACUACGAGGAAUUCAUUGAAGUGUUUGGCAAUGUGAUUGAACACUGUUCGUUGUGCGCAGCCGCGGUGUGGCGGUACAGGCCCUUCCGUGACGUGAAACACUUACACGAAGAAAUCGGCCGCUUCAUAGACGAUCUACCAGAGGCAGGAAGAGAGGCCAUUUUACGUAGCCACCCUGAUCUAGCAGGAAGGUUGGCAGGACUGGGAAAGCUUACAUCAGAAUCCACGAGAGAACAAAAGGCAGCUGGCCUAGAUGGCCUUACCCAAGAAGAGAGAACUCAAAUGGCAACUAUGAACAACCAAUACCGAGAGCAAUUUGGUUUUCCCUUUGUAAUAUGUGCCAGGGAGAAUAAGAAAGAGGCAAUUUUACAGGGACUGGCAACACGUCUCAAGAACAGCCCACAGGCAGAAUUGGCCAAGGGGAUCAUUGAGGUGAAGAAGAUUUGUUACCUACGACUUCUGGAUCUUGUAGAACAUGAAGGAGUGGAAAGCAGGUUGUGAGGAGUAAGAGUACCUCUUUGUCAUAUUCUCAUAACAGCCUUUUCACUCGCAGUUACUUAACAGUUGCCAAACAGGUGCCUUGGCAAAAAUAUUUUAAAAUUCUUUUCUUACAUGGUAGAUUUAGUUUUUUCCACAAGUCUUGUAUAGGUCCAUAUCUUUCUAAACUGUUCUAAGCAAUUACCAUGCCACUUUUUGUGCAAGGUAUUCAAGCAGUUCUUCAGUAUAGUAUUUCUAAGAAUUUCCAGUAUUCGAAUAUUUUGUGUUAGCUACAGUGCUGAGAAGUUAUUGGUACUGGAAUGUAAAAUUUAGGGCAAAGGCCAAGCGCUGGGACCUAUGAGGUCAUUCGGCACUGAAAAUAAUGUUGAAACAAUUGUUAGAAGACGGUAGAUAUUCAGAUGGAAGAGAAAAUGACUGUAGGUAUAGUAAAAAGGGAAUUAAUGGAUUUGCAGCCAGGGGCCAAAGGGAUGCUGCAAAGAACCUCAGGUAAUACAUACAGUGCACUGACAGCACUAUCCCCAAAUGGGAACUGAGAAAUUAUUCAGGGUCCUUCCACGACAUCAAAAUUAUGAUUAUGCAAUGACAUCUCUCACGAGCAGCCUGAAUUCUGUGUAAUCAUCCUUGCUUAUUCAUGAAAACAAGUGCAUAAAAUUAGCACGGUAACAGUUUAGUUCUUAACGAAUGACAACUAAAAAAAUUUUCUUUUGAGUUGAUAAAUGCAUUGAACUGCUGGCAAUAAAUUAUUGCCCAAAUCAUAAGCUUUAUCUCAGUAAAGGACUAAGAUAACUAACACAUAAAAUAUAAAAAGCUUAACACCCA